AUGGGGCGGAAAUUUUCCAUGAGUGCAGGGUUCCCUUUCUUGAAGAUGGGCACAGUCCGAGCCUUUUUUAAAGAGUUUGGAAAAGGUCAGACUCAGGUGAAAAGGACUGACAGCCACCUUGAUAAGAUUGUUUGGAAACUGGAUGAGUGUGAAAAGGAAGUAACAGACAUAGAAUGUGAUGAGAAUAAGGAAUCUGUCAUGCAUCUCUUAGAGACGGUAACACAAGUUAAGCAACAUUAUGAAAAUCUGCGUAAAGAGAUAUCUGAAGUACAAGAACUUCAGAAGCAGGUCCAGGAUUCGUUGAGAGACAGCACUAUGCAGGUUCAGACCCGUUGUCGCGCCUUGCGGAUGAAGCUAAUAGGGUACCAGUAG